UCCGCCCACUCGUACAGAUUUUGAAGUGUUUCUUGUCUUGUCAUUCAAGGAUUUAAAACCCGUUUUACAUGUUGUUUAGUGGUUACGUGUCAUAUAGAUACAUGCUCAGUUCUAGGUGUUUCUUGACGCUUUGAAGAAACAAGUUGGCAAAGGAUUUAUUAACUUUUUGAGCACCACUAUAACCUCAAUCUCCCAGGACUUGAUGCUCUCGGCCAUCCUGAUCUCUUUAACUCAUUGAUGACCCCAUCUCGUACUGGGCCAAGAUGAAAGCUCUGAUCCUAGUUGGUGGCUAUGGGACUAGACUCAGACCUUUAACCCUCAGUGUCCCUAAACCACUGGUGGAGUUUGCUAACAAACCCAUCCUUCUGCAUCAAGUUGAAGCCCUGGUCAAGGCUGGAGUUAACCAUGUGAUCCUGGCUGUCAGUUACAUGUCCGAUCUGUUGGAGCGAGAGAUGAGGGUUCAGGAAGAGAGGCUUGGUAUUAGAAUCUCCCUGUCACAUGAGAAGGAACCGCUUGGAACAGCCGGUCCUCUUGCUCUGGCCAGAGAGCUGCUAACAGACAACGACGAGCCAUUCUUCGUCCUCAACAGUGACGUAAUCUGUGACUUCCCCUUCGAGGACAUGUUAAAGUUCCACAAGCACCACGGCAGAGAGGGAACCAUUGUGGUGACGAAGGUAGAGGAGCCGUCGAAGUAUGGCGUGGUGAUGUACGAGGUAGAGAGCGGACGUAUCCACCGAUUCGUGGAGAAGCCCCAGGUGUUCGUCUCCAACAAGAUCAACGCUGGGAUGUAUGUCUUUAGCCCAACCAUGCUCAAGAGGAUCGAGCUCAGGCCCACCUCUAUUGAGAAAGAGAUCUUCCCGUUCAUGGCUGAGGAGAACCAUCUCUACGCAAUGGAGCUACAAGGGUUCUGGAUGGACAUUGGUCAGCCUAAGGACUUCCUGACAGGGAUGUGUAUGUACCUGCAGUCUGUACGACAACACACACCUGACAGACUGAAGACUGGGCCUGGGUUCCUGGGUAACGUACUGGUGGAUCCUACUGCCCAGAUAGGGGAGAACUGCACCAUCGGGCCCAACGUGACCAUCGGGGCGGGGGUGGUGUUGGAGGACGGGGUCAGGAUAAAAAGGUGUACGGUACUGAAGGGGUCAAGGGUCAGAUCACACUCUUGGCUCGAGUCCUGCAUCGUAGGGUGGAGCUCCUCCGUAGGACAGUGGGUGCGUAUGGAGAAUGUGACAGUCCUCGGGGAGGAUGUUAUUGUGAACGAUGAGCUCUACCUCAACGGUGCCAAUGUGCUUCCUCACAAGUCCAUCACCGACUCCGUGCCUGAACCACGCAUCAUCAUGUAGUUCUAGAACAACAGACAGGCCACCAGGGCUUUAUUAGAACCGGGCCUCAAGCGCUUGAAGUGCCACAGAGACGGGUUCUAGUAGUACUGGGUACUGGUCCGAUUCUGCUAACAUUCCACUCCUUGUCCUCUGUCAUAUGCUAUAUGUUUAGCACAGAGGAGUGGAAUGAAGGCAGAAACAGACUAGUACCCAGGCUAGGGUACCCAGGCUAGAGUCUGGGUAGUGGGGGCUUACAUUUUAAACCAAGGACAACUAGCUAGCUACGGCCUGGUCUAGAAUCAAUUCCUAGCUCCUCCACCCUAGACUCUCUUAAAUAGAUCUGAAUCAAUUCCUAGCUCCUCCACCCUAGACUCUCUUAACUAGAUCUGAAUCAAUUCCUAGCUCCUCCACCCUAGACUCUCUUAAAUAGAUCUGAAUCAAUUCCUAGCUCCUCCACCCUAGACUCUCUUAACUAGAUCUGAAUCAAUUCCUAGCUCCUCCACCCUAGACUCUCUUAAAUAGAUCUGAAUCAAUUCCUAGCUCCUCCACCCUAGACUCUCUUAAAUAGAUCUGAAUCAAUUCCUAGCUCCUCCACCCUAGACUCUCUUAACUAGAUCUGAAUCAAUUCCUAGCUCCUCCACCCUAGACUCUCUUAACUAGAUCUGAAUCAAUUCCUAGCUCCUCCACCCUAGACUCUCUUAACUAGAUCUGAAUCAAUUCCUAGCUCCUCCACCCUAGACUCUCUUAACUAGAUCUGAAUCAAUUCCUAGCUCCUCCACCCUAGACUCUCUUAAAUAGAUCUGAAUCAAUUCCUAGCUCCUCCACCCUAGACUCUCUUAACUAGAUCUGAAUCAAUUCCUAGCUCCUCCACCCUAGACUCUCUUAACUAGAUCUGAAUCAAUUCCUAGCUCCUCCACCCUAGACUCUCUUAACUAGAUCUGAAUCAAUUCCUAGCUCCUCCACCCUAGACUCUCUUAACUAGAUCUGAAUCAAUUCCUAGCUCCUCCACCCUAGACUCUCUUAACUAGAUCUGAAUCAAUUCCUAGCUCCUCCACCCUAGACUCUCUUAACUAGAUCUGAAUCAAUUCCUAGCUCCUCCACCCUAGACUCUCUUAACUAGAUCUGAAUCAAUUCCUAGCUCCUCCACCCUAGACUCUCUUAACUAGAUCUGAAUCAAUUCCUAGCUCCUCCACCCUAGACUCUCUUAAAUAGAUCUGAAUCAAUUCCUAGCUCCUCCACCCUAGACUCUCUUAAAUAGAUCUGAAUCAAUUCCUAGCUCCUCCACCCUAGACUCUCUUAAAUAGAUCUGAAUCAAUUCCUAGCUCCUCCACCCUAGACUCUCUUAAAUAGAUCUGAAUCAAUUCCUAGCUCCUCCACCCUAGACUCUCUUAACUAGAUCUGAAUCAAUUCCUAGCUCCUCCACCCUAGACUCUCUUAACUAGAUCUGAAUCAAUUCCUAGCUCCUCCACCCUAGACUCUCUUAACUAGAUCUGAAUCAAUUCCUAGCUCCUCCACCCUAGACUCUCUUAACUAGAUCUGAAUCAAUUCCUAGCUCCUCCACCCUAGACUCUCUUAAAUAGAUCUGAAUCAAUUCCUAGCUCCUCCACCCUAGACUCUCUUAAAUAGAUCUGAAUCAAUUCCUAGCUCCUCCACCCUAGACUCUCUUAAAUAGAUCUGAAUCAAUUCCUAGCUCCUCCACCCUAGACUCUCUUAAAUAGAUCUGAAUCAAUUCCUAGCUCCUCCACCCUAGACUCUCUUAAAUAGAUCUGAAUCAAUUCCUAGCUCCUCCACCCUAGACUCUCUUAAAUAGAUCUGAAUCAAUUCCUAGCUCCUCCACCCUAGACUCUCUUAAAUAGAUCUGAAUCAAUUCCUAGCUCCUCCACCCUAGACUCUCUUAAAUAGAUCUGAAUCAAUUCCUAGCUCCUCCACCCUAGACUCUCUUAAAUAGAUCUGAAUCAAUUCCUAGCUCCUCCACCCUAGACUCUCUUAAAUAGAUCUGAAUCAAUUCCUAGCUCCUCCACCCUAGACUCUCUUAAAUAGAUCUGAAUCAAUUCCUAGCUCCUUCACCCUAGACUCUCUUAAAUAGAUCUGAAUCAAUUCCUAGCUCCUCCACCCUAGACUCUCUUAAAUAGAUCUGAAUCAAUUCCUAGCUCCUUCACCCUAGACUCUCUUAACUAGAUCUGAAUCAAUUCCUAGCUCCUCCACCCUAGACUCUCUUAACUAGAUCUGAAUCAAUUCCUAGCUCCUCCACCCUAGACUCUCUUAAAUAGAUCUGAAUCAAUUCCUAGCUCCUCCACCCUAGACUCUCUUAAAUAGAUCUGAAUCAAUUCCUAGCUCCUCCACCCUAGACUCUCUUAAAUAGAUCUGAAUCAAUUCCUAGCUCCUCCACCCUAGACUCUCUUAACUAGAUCUGAAUCAAUUCCUAGCUCCUCCACCCUAGACUCUCUUAACUAGAUCUGAAUCAAUUCCUAGCUCCUCCACCCUAGACUCUCUUAACUAGAUCUGAAUCAAUUCCUAGCUCCUCCACCCUAGACUCUCUUAACUAGAUCUGAAUCAAUUCCUAGCUCCUCCACCCUAGACUCUCUUAACUAGAUCUGAAUCAAUUCCUAGCUCCUCCACCCUAGACUCUCUUAACUAGAUCUGAAUCAAUUCCUAGCUCCUCCACCCUAGACUCUCUUAACUAGAUCUGAAUCAAUUCCUAGCUCCUUCACCCUAGACUCUCUUAACUAGAUCUGAAUCAAUUCCUAGCUCCUUCACCCUAGACUCUCUUAACUAGAUCUGAAUCAAUUCCUAGCUCCUCCACCCUAGACUCUCUUAAAUAGAUCUGAAUCAAUUCCUAGCUCCUCCACCCUAGACUCUCUUAAAUAGAUCUGAAUCAAUUCCUAGCUCCUCCACCCUAGACUCUCUUAAAUAGAUCUGAAUCAAUUCCUAGCUCCUCCACCCUAGACUCUCUUAAAUAGAUCUGAAUCAAUUCCUAGCUCCUCCACCCUAGACUCUCUUAAAUAGAUCUGAAUCAAUUCCUAGCUCCUUCACCCUAGACUGUCUUAAAUAGAUCUGAAUCAAUUCCUAGCUCCUCCACCCUAGACUCUCUUAAAUAGAUCUGAAUCAAUUCCUAGCUCCUCCACCCUAGACUCUCUUAAAUAGAUCUGAAUCAAUUCCUAGCUCCUCCACCCUAGACUCUCUUAAAUAGAUCUGAAUCAAUUCCUAGCUCCUCCACCCUAGACUCUCUUAAAUAGAUCUGAAAGUUGGUUGAGGUACAUGCAGUAUGAUAGUAGCAUCACCUUGCCUUGUGGUGGGUUAGGGGGAGUUUUUAAACACGUCUCCUUUGCAAAAUACAUUUUUGUGUUUCAAUGAGGCCAACCUGUAUAAAUAAAGGAUCAAUUUUUGCCAUAUUGCCGACCCCGAUUCAAUCCUCUUAUAUGUAUGUAUAUGAUUCUGGUCUGGCUGUUUUAGGGGUUGAUUCUGGGCUGGUCUGGCUGUUUUAGGGGUUGAUUCUGGGCUGGUCUGGCUGUUUUAGGGGUUGAUUCUGGGCUGGUCUGGCUGUUUUAGGGGUUGAUUCUGGGCUGGUCUGGCUGUUUUAGGGGUUGAUUCUGGGCUGGUCUGGCUGUUUUAGGGGUUGAUUCUGGGCUGGUCUGGCUGUUUUAGGGGUUGAUUCUAGGCUGGUCUGGCUGUUUUAGGGGUUGAUUCUAGGCUGGUCUGGCUGUUUUAGGGGUUGAUUCUGGGCUGGUCUGGCUGUUUUAGGGGUUGAUUCUGGGCUGGUCUGGCUGUUUUAGGGGUUGAUUCUGGGCUGGUCUGGCUGUUUUAGGGGUUGAUUCUGGGCUGGUCUGGCUGUUUUAGGGGUUGAUUCUGGGCUGGUCUGGCUGUUUUAGGGGUUGAUUCUGGGCUGGUCUGGCUGUUUUAGGGGUUGAUUCUGGGCUGGUCUGGCUGUUUUAGGGGUUGGUUCUGGGCUGGUCUGGCUGUUUUAGGGGUUGGUUCUGGGCUGGUCUGGCUGUUUUAGGGGUUGGUUCUGGGUUGGGUUGAUUCUGGUCUGGGUUGUUUCUGGGUUGGCUACCUGCCAGUAUGGUGGUAGAAAUGGACAGACAGUCAGCGUCUGAAAUGGCACCCUAUUCCCUAUACAAUGGCCUACUUCUGACCAGGGCCUUAAGGGCCCUAUUCCCUAUUUAGUACACUACAUUUGACUGGGGGCUCUGGUUGACAGUAGUGCACUAAAUAAGGAAUAUGGUGCCAUUUGGGAUGUUUAUGCUCAGAUGCCAACCUCUUCUUCUGCUGCCAGUCUACUGGCUCGACUGUUGAUUUGAUUAGGACCGUCAUUGGUCAAUAGAAUAUAUAUGUUUGUUUUGAUCUUAAGGAUUCUGGUUAAGCCGAUCGUUUAGACCCAACAGUGUCUGUGAAACUAUCCCCUUUGUGAGCCGUUCCAUUUAAUUUCAUAAUCAAAGGAUACUGUUAAAAGACCUUCUUCCUAUCUGGUCUCCUGCUUUGUUUCUGACACGUUGAGAAGGAGAGAGGAAAGGAUGUGAGGAAUCAAGGAAGCACUUUUGAGAUUCAUUCAAAGCCUAAACAUAUUAUUGCUUGUCUUUUUAAGAGGAAUUGUUUUGUCAGUGACUGAUCCGAUUGUAUUUUCCCCCAAGACCACUAGAGUACUGAGAUAUAGAGUUAAAUGUCCAGAUUGUAAAAUAUACUUCUUUCUCUACUAAAGGUGAGCGGUAGGUUUGAAUAUUUCCGUUUAACUUUCCCCAAAUUUGCCGGUUUUCCAGAUAUCCUUGUUUGGAAUAUUCCUGGAAUUACAAGGGAAUAACCAGGAAAUCCAGCCAGGAUUUUGAAAUCCCAGGGAAUUUUGCAAAAGUUACCAGAAUUUUGCGACUAGUUUGAUGUAAAGAUUGUUCUUCAAUGUAUCCCAUGUCCAACCGAUUGUGAUGUCAAUCACCAUGGAAACUAUCAGUGGACCUGUCAAUCAAUCAAACAGUAACUACUGAUGAUGUCACUGAUGUCCAAAUGAAGUGGACUCCUUUUUAAUAAAGUAGUUUUAUCAUAUUAAUAUAAUUAAUUAAUUGAACAACUUUGGUUUUUUUCUUCCCUCAUUUUUCUAUCAUAUAAUUGUCUAAUGUAUGUAAUAUUGUUUGAGAUUUAUUGAUGAACAAUAUCAAUAAACGUGAGAAGCGUUUCUCAA